UGGGGGCGGGUCAUGGGCGGGAUGGUUGACUUCAGCCAGGGCUCGAGGCUGACUGACGGCUGAGUGACGGUCCCCUUACCCGAAGCUGGGCAGGACGCAGGGUGCAGAGGCACCCUGGGCGUGCGGAGGUCUCCUGGCAGUCUUCCCAGGAAUCCCAACUACCCUGCAGUUGAUGAGUUUGCCUUGGGAGUCCGAGAGCCGGUGAAACCAGAGGCCACCAUGGGUCAGAAGGUCACUGGGGGGAUCAAGACUGUGGACAUGCGGGAUCCCACGUACCGGCCCCUAAAGCAGGAGCUCCAGGGCCUGGAUUACUGCAAGCCCACACGGCUGGACCUGCUGCUCGACAUGCCCCCCGUGUCCUAUGACGUCCAGCUGCUGCACUCCUGGAACAACAACGACCGCUCGCUCAACGUCUUCGUCAAGGAGGACGACAAGCUGAUCUUUCACCGGCAUCCGGUGGCCCAGAGCACGGACGCCAUCAGGGGCAAAGUCGGGUACACAAGGGGGCUGCACGUGUGGCAGAUCACAUGGGCCAUGCGACAGCGGGGCACGCACGCGGUGGUGGGGGUAGCCACGGCGGACGCCCCCCUGCACUCUGUCGGGUACACGACCCUCGUGGGGAAUAACCACGAGUCCUGGGGCUGGGACUUGGGGCGCAACCGGCUCUACCACGACGGCAAGAACCAGCCAAGCAAAACGUACCCGGCCUUUCUGGAGCCGGACGAGACAUUCAUUGUCCCUGACUCCUUCCUCGUGGCCCUGGACAUGGAUGACGGGACCCUGAGCUUCAUUGUGGAUGGACAGUACAUGGGAGUGGCUUUUCGGGGACUCAAGGGCAAAAAACUGUACCCUGUAGUGAGUGCCGUCUGGGGCCACUGUGAGAUCCGCAUGCGCUACUUGAAUGGACUCGAUCCCGAGCCCCUGCCGCUCAUGGAUCUCUGCCGGCGGUCCGUGCGCCUGGCCCUGGGGAAGGAGCGCCUGGGUGCCAUCCCGGCGCUGCCCCUGCCCGCCGCGCUCAAGGCUUACCUCCUGUACCAGUGACCCAACCUGGACCACCACGUGACCGCUAGAGGUGCCGCUCACUGAGCCCUGCGCCCAGGACUGCAGCCCGCGGCGAGUGCCGCUCAACCUCCCCGUCCUCCGGCCGCCUCUGCUGGACCGGACCGGACCGGACCGAUACCACCUGGGCCCUGUUCCUCCCUUCCGGGCUGCCCGUCAUAGCCCCUCCCUGGAACCAGACGCAGAGAAUAAACUCCUACGAAAGCCUCACGCAGCUCCUGUCUGCUCUGGGGGGGCGGGGACUGCUCUCCACGCCCUUGGGGACAGCCACAGCCAUGGGGAUCCAGGGGUUCUGGGGCCACGGGAGGGGCCAGAGCUGGAGGGCAGAUACCAGGCGGGCGAAGGACCAGGGCUGGGCUGUGCCAGUGAAGCUCAGGACACCAAGGCGGAACCCUGCCUUGCUCCUCCCGAAGGCAGAUGGGCACCCAGCACCCAAGCCGGUGCUGAGACCCACACCCUGUAUUUAUUCUUUUAACAAUAACAAAGGUCAUUUAUUUAUUCCACUUAGAAAGAAAACCCUAUUUCAGUCACCUCUCUCUUCGGGGCGUUCUGUUGCCCUCCUCCCACCUGCCGCCUGCCUGGAGCUUGUGUGCCGCUGCGUGCGGGGUCCUUGUGCAGGUCCCUGACCGGUGUCGGGGCUCCGUACUGAGGUCCCCAGCAGGCCCCUCAGGAAGCAUAGCUUCACGUGCAGUAUGAGUCUUAGGCCGCCCGCGUCCUCACACAGCCACUUACCUCUGAGUCACACACUGCUGCACAUGUCUUCUGUCAUCUGUGAUUUGGGGGAGGGGUGGUUCCACUUUCCAUCCACUUCUGUAGCGGAGAUUCUUUCCCACGGGCAUCCUCGGAAGCUCCCUGGUCCAGGGGAGCACAAAAGCAAAGAAGGGGUCUCCAUCCUGAGAAUGGGGGGAGGGAGGCGGGGGAGUGGGGACACCAGGAGAGGUGUCCAGCCCUGUGGAAGCCCUGGUCUCUCUCAGUGCCCCACCAGGACUCAGAGGUCCCACAGGGAGUGAGCAUUCUCUCACCCGCCCCCAGGAGGGCACGCAGCAGACCUGCUCAGAGACACGGCAGUGCCCCCCGUGAGUCCCUCCUGUGCGCCCACACCUGCCAGCGCCUCGCCAUUUCUUUUACCUUGAAACCAGCUGCUUUAGAGUCUGAGUUCUGUUCAUGUCUGCACAGGUACAAUAGAUGACUUUAUUUGUUUAAAGUGUUUAAUAUAUAUGCAUAUAUGUGUGUGUCCAUAAGAAUUAUGUUGUAAGCAGCUGCUGUAAGGUACCUUAAAAAAAAAAAAAAACUUACAGUGGAAUAUAUUUUUCAAAGCACAAAAUCGGUGCCAAGACUAGGUAGGAAUGUAAGUUACCCCCUUCACAUUCUGAGGGCUGUUUUUUCCCCGCUUGGGGCGGGGGUCUUUGGUGUCAGACUCUUGAAGGUUUUCCUUGCUCCCGUUGUGAAGAAUGUUGCACUCGAGAGGGGCUCGCUCGUACACGGGCGCUCGUGUCGCCUGGCUCCGCAGUCCCUAGGGUGCUGGGGAAGCGUCCGCUCUCUCCACGUCUCCCACCCCCCAACUCCCUGGACCCUUCCCCAUCUGCCCAGAGCCUUGUACAGUUUUGAAACUCCUGUUUAAUUUUAUGAUGGCUCAUACUAGUCAGUAACCUAAUAAAGGAACCUUUGCUAAGAUACGAA